UCAAACUGCUCACAGGGUUUGGACUUGGAGCUCCACUUGGAUACCCGCCCGGCAAAGACAAGGUGGAGAUGACUAGGCUGUCGUUUCAAGACCAGCCCCCCCUCCAAUUUGGGAAUCUUUUUCUGUGGUGACAGGGUCAGAGUUACAGAGGACGUUUGAGCUCAGCAAAGUGAGGAAUUCUCAGCGAGGAUCAAUAGCAGCACAUUUCCGAUCAAAAGCCAGGAUGAAGACAACCUUCUACUAUACGGGGUUACUCCUUCUGGGGCUUCAUUUCCUGGUCGCCUUUGGGCAGCUGGAAUCAAAGAACCAGAUGCCUCCUGAUCCCCUUCCCGCUACACAAAGACGUGGACUUAUCGAGCGGGACGUGCCGGGUCCGGUGAGGCCCAACAUCACCAUGCCGCGCCGCAGAAUGCCGCCCAUGUGCAGCGCACCCACAGAAAUCCGAGACACAUUCAAGUACAUCAACACAGUCGUCUCCUGCCUGGUGUUUGUCGUCGGCAUCAUCGGAAACGCUACGCUUUUGAGGAUCAUCUAUAAGAAUAAAUGUAUGCGGAACGGACCCAACAUCCUCAUUGCCAGUCUGGCUCUCGGAGAUUUGCUGCACAUCAUCAUUGGCAUUCCCAUCAAUGUUUACAAGCUCCUGGCGGAGGAUUGGCCUUUUGGGGUGGCUCUGUGCAAAGUGGUGCCGUUUGUCCAAAAAGCCUCAGUGGGGAUCACAGUGCUGAGUCUGUGCGCUUUGAGUAUUGACAGGUACCGUGCUGUGGCCUCGUGGAGCCGAAUCAAAGGGAUCGGCGUUCCAAAGUGGAUGGCGAUCGAAAUCGCACUCAUCUGGAUAUUGUCCAUUAUCCUUGCCGUGCCCGAGGCCAUCGCUUUUGACAUGAUCACCAUGGACUACAAAGGGGAACAGCUGAGGAUCUGCUUGUUGCAUCCCAUGCAGAAAACCGACUUUAUGAGGUUUUAUAAAUCAGUGAAGGACUGGUGGCUGUUCAGCGCAUAUUUCUGUCUACCGUUGGCCUGCACGGCCAUUUUCUACACCCUGAUGACCUGCGAGAUGCUGAGGAAGAAGAACGGGGUUCAAAUUGCGCUCAGUGAUCAUCUCAAACAGCGACGAGAAGUGGCAAAGACAGUGUUCUGCUUGGUUCUGGUCUUUGCUCUGUGCUGGCUUCCUCUUCACCUCAGUCGUAUUCUAAAACUCACCAUCUAUGACGAGAAAGAUCCGAACCGCUGCGAGUUGCUCAGCUUCUUUUUAGUGUUGGACUACAUUGGUAUCAACAUGGCGUCCGUCAACUCCUGCAUCAACCCCAUUGCCCUUUACAUGGUCAGCAAGCGCUUUAAGAAUUGCUUCAGGUCCUGUCUGUGUUGCUGGUGUCUCCCCGCCGAAAUGCUGAUGAUGGACGAGAAGCAGUCAUGCCUUAAGCUGAAGGUCACAGAGCGAGCAUCUGACCAGAGCAACUCCCGCAUGACCAACAAGUCCACUACAGCCUGAGGAUUGUGAAGCUACCCAAUGAAAGGAAAAAAAAAGGACGUCCAAAGAAUUACCACGUUUGAGGUUCAGCGGAGGGGGGGGGGCAUCUACAAUACCUUCAAAAACAAGUUCCUGGGAAAAUACGCUUCGAAUUGAGGCCCCCCCCUUUUUACAUACACAGCGCACAACUGACCUUGAAUAAGAUAUCAGCAGUAAGGAUGCAUUCAAGUGACUCGUUCAACAAAGUCUGCAUAAUGUUCCUUUCAAAGAAUGUGACGAGGAAGACAAUGAGAUGUUUUUAAGGACGCCGGUGGAAAGUCAGACACAAUGGAGGAGCUCCGUAGGUAAUUAUAUAAAGAAUAUAAAGACAAUAAAGAAACAGCAGUAUGUAAAUUAACUUCAUAGGGGUCUUUCAUAGGACCAAACAUCACCUAAACAAUGUACGUAUACCUUUCAGCCUAAUGCAGCAUUUCUUGUGAGUAAACGGAACUUGGAAGUAGUUUUUUUUAAUCUAUUUUGAUAAUCAGAGAGAUUAUAUGUGGGGGGGAAAAAAGGUUGUAAAAGUUUGUAUCUCCUGGUGGGCGGCCAUGACUGAGAACUAGUGCUUCCCCCGCUCUACUCAAUUUUCUCAAAAUAUUAAAUUACAAUAUUACAAGAAUAAAGUCAAAAUAGUGAAAGAAAAAGUAACCUCUAUGAGAAAAAGUCAUAGUUUAACAAAAAUAAUGUCAUAUUGGGACAAGUCAAAAUAUUGUGGGAAUAAAGUUGUAAUUUACAAGACAAUUAAUUUAAUUAAUUAAUUAAAUAAUUUACAAGUUGGAAGAAAAUUGAAAAAAAUCAACUGUAAUUUUAAGAGAAUAAAGUAAAAAAAAAUGAAGAAAAAAAAAUGAAAUUUUAAUGGGAAUAAAUGUGUAAUAUUAUAAGGAAAAAUCAUGUAUUUUGAAAAAAAAACAUAAUUUAAAGUUGUACGAUUUUGAGAAACAAAAUAAAAUAAAGUUGUCAUUUUUGGAAAAUUAGGUUGAAGGAAAAAGUUCUAAUUCUAUGGGAAUGAAGUCGUAAUGUGACAAAAAGCGCCAUCGAAAAUGGAUGGAUGUCUGGAACAGAUUAAGUGGAUUUAUAUUCGACCGAGAUAAAAGUGGCUAAAUGUCAUUUAUUUUGAUAAAAUGAACUGAAAAUGUGCUCAUCAUUUACUUCUCCACACUUUAACUGAAAGAAAUCCAGAUGGAAAAGCAAAAAAAAAAUCUAUGUUCAGUGACAUAUUGCAGCCAAGGGCUUUGUAAGACUUUUACCACCAGCUGUUUAUAAUGAUCUGAUUUGUCAGAUACAGAUACAAAAGUUCAUUCAUUCAUUCAUUUUCUACCGCUUAUCCUCACAAGAGUCGCGGGGGGUGCUGGAGCCUAUCCCAGCUGUCUUCGGGCAAAAGGCGGGGUACACCCUGGACUGGUCGCAAGACAAACACAGGGCAGAUAUAGACAAACAACCAUUCACACUCACAUUCAUACCUAUGGACAAUUUGGCGUCGCUAAUUAACCUAGCAUGUUUUUUGGAAUGUGUGAGGAAACCGGAGUACCCGGAGAAAACCCACAAAUGCACGGGGAGAACAUGCAAACGCCACACAGAGAUGGCCGAGGGUGGAAUUGAACCCGGGUCUUCUAGCUGUGAGGGCUGUGCGCUAACCACACGACCGCCAUACAGCCCAUAACAGUGGGCGGGGCAGUCAUACUGUAUAAAUACAGCAGAACCUUGGUAAACAUCAUUCAUCUGUUCCAGAAAACUCUAACCAAAAUGAACUUUAACCAAAUCAAUUAUUCUCAAAACAAUUAAUGGAAACCCAAUGAGUCUGUUACAGUAAGACAUGAAUGUUAACACCCAAAAAAAUUAUAGUUCCAUCCAGAAAACAAUUCAUAAUGUCUGAAGAUUCAUACAAAUGUAUGGUUGCUUGUAUCAGAUGCGAGACUAAGACACAAUGAACGUGUUUAUUGUGUUUUGCUAAGAGUUAUUUCUUGAAUUAAGACCUUAAGUCUCUGCUUUUCUUAUUGAGCACGGCGAUUCAAAACGUAUUAAUAUGUACUAAUGUACUGUAUCUUUGGUAUUGAAUGAGAUGACAUAACAUUGCAAGACGGGUUCCAUUUUGUACACUUACCGAAAAAUGUACGCAAACCAAAGCAAAAAAUCUUAACCAAGGUUCCACUGUAUAAAAAUAUAAUAUCUUCAUAGAAAUUAUUUUUUUUAACAAUACCAUUUGGCUCUCACGUUAGCCACGUUUACAUAAGGAGAUUUUCCUUUUUCCGAAUGGAAUCUUUCCGAACGUACCAGAAAACAGUGUAUACAUUGGAAAGGAAUAGUCCAAUCUCCUGUCUACAUGCACCGCUAUAAUCAAACGGAUAGUCAAUGGGGCAUGCAAAGUAAAACGUAAACAACAUCACGUGAUUCAUCGAAGAUGGCGGAUUACCACGGUUGUUGGGACAGUUUCAACGCUUUUUAAAAAAAAAAAUUAAAGCAGCAACUUGAACGUUCAGUUCUUUUAAAGUUUGUAUCAAAAACGAACUUUCCGCUGUCGUCCAGUGAUGACUGCUCGCCGCCAUUUUCAAAACCUGAGAGACGUCUGCGUGUUGCGUCAUAGCUGAGCAUGCGCUGAAAGAACGCAGUCUGACAACUUUCCGAUUGAACGGGUACAAGAUACCUCAAUCGGAUUGGGGAAAGGAAUAUUCCACCCAUGUGAAUCCGGAUUAUAUAUUCAUUCGGAUUGGCACUUUUCUUUCGGAAUGAGGUGUAUACAAAGGUUACAUUCUUUCCGUUUGAGCAAAUAACCCGAUUGGAAUUGAAAUAUUUGGGUCCAUGUAAACGUGGCUAGUGACCCCAACAAUGCAGCAACGACUCAUCCAAGAGGUCACAAAAGACCCCACAAAAAAACAUCCAAAGAACUGCAGGCCUCACUUGCUUCAGUUAAGGUCAUGUGUUCAUGACUCCACUAUAGGAAGGACCCUGGCGUUACUGGUUCGAGUUGAUGACUCACAUGCUAACAACUCAUUUUCGAUUUCCGGAUGCUUCUUUUUGUUUGAGCAAAUAACUUGAAUGGAAUUGGAAUAUUUAGGUCCAUGUAAACGUGGCUAAUGUCUGGUCAUAAAAAUGUUGGCCUUUGGAGUAAUGUACUUGAGAAUGCUUUAACCCUAGCCGAAAAAAACCACCCAGACCACUUCCAAAGCAACAUCCCUGUGAGACACAGUCCUAUCAGGGGCCACUCUGGACUCCUUAAAACUCCUACUUAAGGAUAAAAAUCCAAUGGGGACAACAUCACCAAUGUAGAAUUAUUAUCCCGACUCAUGUGGUCUGCAGCCUGGAUAGCGACAAUGACUUUGAAGUAUUCUUUGUCUGCACUGCACGGACUGUUUUGCAGUGUAUUUUCUUUAUAUAUUUAGCUAUAUAUAUUGUCUUGAUGUUAUUUUUAAUCCCGUUUUACAUAUAUGCUAUUAGGUUGUUUUUUUUUGUGACUGAACUACUGAUGUAUGAUUACAGCUGUGAGAGUAUUCUGUUAUUGUAUUAUUCCGGGCGUCAUGCUCAGAUUUUAUAUGUUUUUAUUCGUGUCACAUGUUAAUCCGACUUGUUUAUACCAUGAAUUGGUUGGACGAGAAAGACUAUGUAUCUUUUUACAA